GUGUGUGGUCAAGACAGGUAAAUUAAAGAAGGCAGGGAGAGGUUGAAUCUUUCUCCUGCUGUGUUGAGAAUGCAUGUAGCCUGAGAUCUGUUCUUCAGACACAAGGGGGCACUGAAGUUGACAUGCAUUAUUUGAAUUGUCUGUACGUUGGCGAUCACGUUUAAUUAAUGCUGUGAUACUCCUUCAUGUUGCAUGUGGAGAAUGACUUUAUGUUGCUUUAUUUACAGUAUUUGGAAACUGGGAUUUUAUUUAAAUGAUCGAAAACAAAAUACAUCUGAUCUUUCUUUCUCUCUCUCCCUGCCCCACACUAUGUUUUUGAUGUCCCUUUCAGGACCACACUAUGUUUUUGAUGUCCCUUUCAGGACCACACUAUGUUUUUGAUGUCUCUUUCAGGACCACACUAUGUUUUUGAUGUCCCUUUCAGGACCACACUAUGUUUUUGAUGUCUCUUUCAGGACCACACUAUGUUUUUGAUGUCUCUUUCAGGACCACACUAUGUUUUUGAUGUCCCUUUCAGGACCACACUAUGUUUUUGAUGUCUCUUUCAGGACCACACUAUGUUUUUGAUGUCCCUUUCAGGACCACACUAUGUUUUUGAUGUCUCUUUCAGGACCACACUAUGUUUUUGAUGUCUCUUUCAGGACCACACUAUGUUUUUGAUGUCUCUUUCAGGACCACACUAUGUUUUUGAUGUCUCUUUCAGGACCACACUAUGUUUUUGAUGUCCCUUUCAGGACCACACUAUGUUUUUGAUGUCCCUUUCAGGACCACACUAUGUUUUUGAUGUCCCUUUCAGGACCACACUAUGUUUUUGAUGUCCCUUUCAGGACCAUACUAUGUUUUUGAUGUCCCUUUCAGGACCACACUGUCCGUGAUGGACGUCCUUCUCUGUGUCCUCGUUUCCUGGUUCACAUGAAGGCCUGUCCUGCAGACCUCAGACCCCCACGUUUCCUAUCCAGAAACCCGAGGCCACGUCCUCCUCGCCAGGAACCGACACAACAAAGACAAGCCCUUAGCGGCCUGAAGACGCAUUCAUGUGCAGACUCCAGGAGCCUGCAGCACUGCAGCACCACCAGAGGGAGGCGCUUAGCUGUUGUUGUUCCCUGUGUUCCAGUGCCAGUCUCUCCCUCUCCCAGCAGAGCCUCCCCUGAGCUCCCAGUCUGCCCAAGUCCAACAUCCUCUACUGUCACUGACUCUGGGCAGCAGGGGACUGGAUCCAACCCUGCUCCAGCCUCAGCCCUACCUCAUGUCCAUACUCAGAAAGGAGAGAAGGAAACAGAGGAUGGUGUUGAAGAGAUGGAUGAAGGCACUUCGGCUUCCUCAGGGGCCUUCCGCCCUCUAAGGCCAGACCAGGAGCCCAAUUCUGGUCCUGAGGACAUAGACCCCUCAGUCUCUCCAGUCCCUAGUGUCUGUGAGGGUUCUCUCUCAGACUUUAGCCGCCCACCAUCCAGCCAGUUCAGCCGAAGCACAGACCUGGGUAGUGGCCGGAGCAGUCCUCUAUGUGCGAAUCUGAGUGACCUGGACUCAGAGGGUGGCUCUCCUCUCUCCCAGCACGGCUCCUCUUCCAUGUCCCUGUCUGCUCUGGCCUCCUGCACCCCACAGGACCCCCCAACACACCAGCCCCCAAACCCAGCGCCUCACCACCCUCUACACCAUCCCCUCCCUCACCAGGCCCAACACUGCCCACCUGACUGGACCACCACGGAGCCCCAGACAGGCCAUGUCCUCCCACCCUACCCAGACCCAUCCCUGGACCCCAACCCAGACCCUACUACCCUAGCUUUCCCCUCAGACACCUGGCAGUCCUGCCCCAGCCCACAGUGCAGGAUAACUCCCCGACCAGGGUCAGGGUUAGGGUCAGGUUUGACCUCAUCUCCUGUGGUAGUGGAGAGGCAGGACUGGACAUCACACCGCUGGUCCAUCCUUCCCCCCAUCUCUCCUGUCAGAGAUGGCGGUGACACAGUGUCCACCUGGUCCCGCUGUUCUCAGGUCAGCUCUAGCCAGUCCCAUGUGUUUGAUGAACUGGAGGCCAUCGCCCCGCGGACAGGCUCCUGUCUGUCCCUAGACCACCCACUCAGCCCAGCAGACUGCAGCCCACCUGGUACAGAGAUGUCCCCAGGCCUGGCUGCUCUGACAGUGGGCUGUGACUCAGGGGACCUGGGCUCCCUGUCCCGUGUGCAGCUCCUGCUCCUGGACCGGUCGGACCCUGUGGAGCCCCACUGGCUCGCUGGUCAGAACAUGUACUCCCCAACAGAAGACAGAACAGCAGGCCACACAGCGGAGCACCGAGCCAGAAGACCUCUUAGUCCAAGACUGUAUACUACAGGCGUCCUGCAGCCCAUAACAGCUGGCAGCUGUGGAGACGGCAGUGUGUCUGAGAGGUGUGUCGCCACAGGCAAAGUCCAGGGACAGGGUGAGCACACAAUGCAGUCCCACACCGAGGAUGGUACCAGGUCACCAUCGUCAUGGAUCAGUGAUUCCAGUCCAUCAGGCAUCAUAUCCGGAUCCACCAGUUCCCAAUGCGAGUCCUGCUGUGAUGGGGCGGAGUCCGAGGGAAGUGACCAAACCAGCCAGGCCCUUACCAUCUUAAAUGACAGGGGCCCCAGCCCAGACCAGGGGGUUCCAGUGAAGGAGGAGCCUGGUUGCCCUGAUCGGGGGGAGCGAGGCUGGGCUUCCACAGGGGGCAGGAGAAGGCCCGGGAGGCUGGAGCGCAGGAUGAGGGAGAAGGAGCGAAAAAGGGAGGAGAGAAAGACAAAAGUGCUAAACAUCUACUCCAGACUCCAGGACAGCGGGCCCCUCCAGCCCAGCCGCAACAGGGGCCGCUCCAAGUUUGAGGACUUCGACUUCUUGGCAAAGUAUUGCAUUUUCAGCCAGGAGAAGCUGGCAGAAUACAAAAGGGCUUUUGAAGCAGUUGACAGCGAUGCUGAUGGUUACAUUUCCUGCCUGCAAGUGCUGCUGGCACUAAAGAAGAUCAUCCCUCCAGAGCUGCUAACUGAUGAAGAAGAGAUAUAUGUCUACAGGAUCCUGGAGAUGGUGGAUUUCAGGGUGACAGAUGGACUUACAGACCUGAGGCUCUUUGCUGUGAUUGCGAGCCUGGCGCAGAAAAUAGCCACCAUGGAUGUAUUUAUGCGUUCCCUGAUAAGCAAAAUGGACUUCCAUUCUUUGGCAUUAAAGCUAUACAAAGCAAAGCAGCUGUUCAUGUUCCUGCUGGAGGGGCAGUCAGUGGGCGCUGUGGCCCAGCAGGGCUGUAUCAGCGCAGAGCAGCUCCUGGUGGAGCUCAAGGCCGGGGGCAUCCGACCAGAACAAGAGGAAGCCAUCAAAAAGGAGCUCCGACACAUCAGCUCCCUGGACCUGCUGGACUUCCUGGCAUACCUGCCCCUCUUCGUCCUAAUCCACAACUCAGUCAUCGCCAACCCACUGGAUGACUCCAGCAACCUGUGAUGUCAUCGGCUACACAGGCUUGAACCCUAUCUGUCAUUAGCUACCACACACUGUGGCAACAGGGUUCCAGGGUUCCCUUUAUAAAACGAUAGCUAAUGCACUUAAAGUUGUUUUUGAGAUGUUCUUUUUGGGG